CACAACUCAUUUGCAUCUCCACAAGUAUCAAAGCUCACAUAUUUCUCUCAAACAAAUCCUCCAAGAACAAUGGCUUUCCGCAUUCCAGGUAUUAGAAAGGCAUCACUUUCUGCAUCAAAAGGGACUAAUGUUCCAAAAGGCUAUCUUGCAGUCUAUGUGGGAGAUAAGAUGAGGCGGUUUGUGAUUCCUGUAUGUUACUUGAACCAGCCUUCAUUUCAAGAAUUACUAAGCCAAUCAGAAGAAGAAUUUGGUUAUGAUCACCCAACAGGUGGUCUCACAAUUCCAUGCAGCGAGGAUGCCUUCCUGAACCUCACUUGUCAAUUAAGUGGGCAGUAAAUUGUGCUCCUAGAGACUGACAUAAAUUAGCUGAGACAAAAUUUUGUAAAGAA